CGCCUCACAGUAAAGAUGGCGCACAGCGGUCGGUGGCGCUUCCCUGCCCGGCCCGGCAGCGGCGGCUGGGGCCGCCGGGGGCUGGGGGGGUCCCGCCUCCGCGUCCCGGCCGUGCGGAACCUACGGGCCCCGGAGCCGCCGCCUCAGGCCGGGGCGGGCGAAGCGGAGCUGGGGGGCCCGGGCUCCGGCGGGGCGGCGGGAAGCGGGGGAGGCGGGGCAGUGCCGGGCUCCGGCGGCCCCGGGGGCCCCGCGGCCGGCGUCGGACCCGGCUUCGAUGCGGCGCUGCAGGUCUCGGCCGCCAUCGGCAUCAACCUGCGGCGGUUCCGGGCGGCCUGCGGGUCCGAGGCGGGCAGCGGAGAGGAUGAGCAGUUCCUAGGUUUUGGCUCAGAUGAAGAGGUCAAAGUACGAAGUCCCACCAGAUCUCCCACAGUGAAAUCUAGUCCACGAAAACCUCGUAGGAGACCCAGAAGCAGUCCCGAUCGAAGUUCAGCUGCACACUCAGACUCUUCAUCAGUGUGUUCCCCCCUGAGCAAGUCUGAAACCAUGUCCAUGGAAAAGAUAAAGAAGAAGGAAAUUAAAAGUGGGGAAAAGAAACGAGGAAGACCUCCAGCACUUAGUAGUGUGAAGUUCAAGUUAUCACAAGUAAAGGACAUCUCCGAUAUUCAUAAGGGGAGCAAAGAAGCAAAAGAGAAUCUGAAGAAAAUAAAAAGGGCACCAUCCACUACAUUUCAGCAUGCUGCAAAAAUCAAGAAGUUACGAACUGGUAAACUCUCCCCACUGAAGUCUAAAUUCAAGACUGGGGGGAAACUUCAGAUUGGGAGGAAAGCGGUUCAGAUUGUGCGCAGGAGAGGAAGGCCACCCUCUUCAGAACGUUUAAAGACUGCCUCACCACUAAUCAUUAAUUCACAGCUGGAGAAACCCCAGAGGGUACGUAAGGAGAAAGAUGGCACACCACCACUCACAAAAGAAGAAAAGACUGCUGUCAGACAGAGCCCGCGCAGGAUUAAGCCUGUUAGGAUUAUUCCUUCUACUAAGAGGACAGAUGCAACAAUUGCUAAGCAACUCUUGCAGAGGGCUAAAAAGGGGGCACAAAAGAAGAUUGAGAAAGAAGCAGCUAAACUGCAGGGUAGAAAGGGAAGGACUCAGCUCAAAAACAUCCGGCAGUUCAUCAUGCCAGUUGUGAGUGCUAUCUCUUCGCGGAUCAUUAAAACACCCAAGCGAUUCAUUGAAGAUGAAGACUAUGAUCCUCCUAUAAAAAUAGCUCGCCUCGAGUCCACACCAAACAGCAGGUUUAGUGCUACAUCUUGUGGGUCCAGUGAAAAAUCAAGUGCGGCUUCUCAGCACUCAUCUCAGAUGUCUUCAGAUUCCUCACGAUCUAGUAGUCCUAGUGUAGAUACAUCUACCGACUCUCAGGCGUCCGAGGAGAUGCAGGCACUUUCCGAAGAACGCAGCAAUACUCCAGAAGCUCAUACCCCUUUACCUAUUUCUCAGUCCCCAGAAAAUGAUAACGGUGAUAGGAGAAGCAGGAGGUUUUCAAUGUCAGAAAGGAGUUUCGGCCAAAGGGCAGCUAAAAAACUGUCAACCUUGCAAAGUGUGUCCCAGCAGCAGUCCUCUUCCUCUCCUCCUCCACCUCUGCUCACUCCUCCCCCACCAUUACAGCCUGCUACUGGCAUCUCAGACCACACACCUUGGCUUAUGCCUCCAACGAUACCAUUGGCUUCACCUUUUCUGCCCACCUCUGCUGCACCCAUGCAAGAGAAACGGAAAUCAAUUCUACGAGAACCAACAUUCAGGUGGACCUCUCUGAAGCAUUCUAGGUCAGAACCACAGUACUUUUCCUCAGCAAAGUAUGCCAAAGAAGGUCUCAUCCGUAAACCAGUAUUUGAUAACUUUAGACCUCCACCACUGACUCCAGAGGAUGUUGGCUUUGCAUCUGGUUUUUCAACAUCUGGUGCUACGGCUCCAGCUCGCUUGUUUUCUGCUCUUCAUUCUGGAACAAGAUUUGAUAUGCACAAAAGAAGUCCUCUGCUUCGAGCUCCAAGAUUCACUCCAAGUGAGGCCCACUCCAGAAUUUUUGAAUCUGUAACCUUGCCUUCAUCUGUUAGUCGAACCACUGCAGGAACUUCUGUGACAGGCAUAUCUUCUAGGAAACGAAAGAGAAGAGUGUUUAGCCCGAUCCGAUCAGAACCCAGAUCUCCUUCACACUCCAUGAGGACAAGAAGUGGAAGACUUAGUACCUCUGACCUGACAACUCUCACCCCUCAAUCUUCUGUCUCUUCCUCACUAACUAACAUGUCUGUUAGUUCUCUUGCCACUAGUGCCUUAAACUCAACUUUUACUUUUUCUUCCCAUCCCCUGACCCAGUCUGGGGAAUCAGCAGAGAGAAGCCAGAGACCAAGGAAGCAGAUCAGCACUCCAGCUGAGCCUUUCUCAUCCACUAAUCCUACUCCUCUCUUUCCCUGGUUCACACCAAGUCCCCAGACAGAGAGAGGGAGAAAUAAAGACAGGGCUACAGAGGAACUGUCCAAAGAUAAAGACGUUGACAAAAGUGUGGAAAAGGACAAGAGCAGAGAGAAAGACAGAGAAAGAGAAAAAGAGAACAAACGCGAAUCGAGAAAAGAGAAAAGGAAAAAAGGGUUAGAAAUUCAAAGUAGCUCUGCUUUGUUUCCUGUAGGUAGAGUGUCCAAAGAAAAAGUUGUUAAUGAAGAUGUUGCAGCAGCAUCUUCAGUUAAAAAAGCUGCGGGGCGGAAGAAGUCUUCAGCAAUAGAUCCUGUGGCAGAUGCUUCCGCUGUGGCUCUUGUAGAUAUGACAGCUGGCAAAACCAAAAUGCCUAAGAAAGGUAGAGGGGGCUUAGAAAAAUCAGAUCUAAACCUAAGCCCCACUGUUCCGCCCCUGGAGAAAGACAAAGCCCUAUGCCUCUCUGCUCCUUCGUCAAGCACUGUUAAACAUUCCACUUCCUCCAUCAGCUCUAUGUUGGCUCAAGCGGACAAACUUCCAAUGACUGAUAAGAGGGUGGCUAGUCUCCUAAAAAAGGCUAAAGCCCAGCUGUACAAGAUUGAGAAGAGCAAAUCCCUCAAACAAGCAGAUCAGCCAAAAGCACAGGGUCAAGAGAGUGAUUCAUCAGAGACUUCAGUGCGAGGACCACGAAUAAAACAUGUCUGCAGGAGGGCGGCUGUAGCACUAGGCCGUAAGCGGGCAGUGUUUCCUGAUGACAUGCCUACUCUGAGUGCCUUACCAUGGGAAGAACGAGAGAAGAUAUUGUCUUCCAUGGGGAAUGAUGAUAAGUCAUCAAUAGCUGGCUCAGAAGAGGCUGAACCCCUUGCUCCACCUAUCAAACCAAUUAAGCCAGUUACCAGAAACAAGGCACCCCAAGAGCCUCCAGUGAAGAAAGGUCGGCGCUCAAGGCGCUGUGGGCAGUGCCCAGGCUGCCAGGUCCCAGAGGACUGUGGUGUCUGUACUAACUGUCUAGACAAACCGAAGUUUGGUGGACGCAACAUAAAGAAACAGUGCUGCAAGAUGAGGAAAUGCCAGAAUCUGCAAUGGAUGCCUUCAAAGGCCUAUCUCCAGAAGCAAGCUAAAGUUGUGAAAAAGAAAGAGAAGAAAUCCAAGACCAAUGAAAAGAAAGAGAGCCAUUCUGGGAAGAACCAAGUGGAUUCUGGACAGAAACCAGCUCCUCAGACUGUUUUAGCAAAAGAAGAUAAUGCCUUGAAGAAGAGCAGUGAACCUGCCCGAAAGCCAAGUGAGGAGAAGAAUGAAGAGGGAAAUACCUCUGUCCCAGUGUUGGAAUCCAAACAGGUCACUGCUUCUGGUGCCAGAAAAACUGGCAAACAGGCACCCCAGCCAUUGCAAGUUCCCCUUUGUCAGCCGCCUAGCUCAGGACCACUGAAAAAAGAAGUACCUAAAACCAUCCCUAGCGAGCCCAAGAAAAAACAGACACCCCAACCAGAAUUAGGCAUAGAGCAAAGCAAACAGAAGAAAGUUACUCCCCGUCCAAGUUUCCCUGUGAAACAGAAACCAAAAGAAAAGGAAAAACCUCCUCCAGUCAACAAGCCAGAGAACAGCACACUAAAUUUGCUCAGUACUCUGUCAAAUGGAAGCAGUUCCAAGCAAAAGGCACCUACGGAUGGAGUCCACAGGAUCAGAGUGGACUUCAAGGAGGAUUGUGAAGUGGAGAACGUUUGGGAGAUGGGCGGGUUAGGCAUUCUGACCUCGGUACCUAUCACUCCCAGAGUGGUCUGCUUUCUCUGUGCCAGCAGUGGACACGUGGAGUUUGUGUAUUGUCAGGUCUGUUGUGAGCCUUUCCACAAGUUCUGUUUAGAAGAGAGUGAGCGCCCUCUGGAGGACCAGUUGGAAAACUGGUGCUGUCGUCGUUGCAAGUUCUGUCAUGUAUGUGGGAGACAGCACCAGGCCACAAAGCAGUUGUUGGAGUGUAAUAAGUGCCGAAACAGCUAUCACCCUGAGUGCCUGGGACCAAACUACCCAACAAAACCCACCAAGAAAAAGAAAGUUUGGAUCUGUACCAAAUGUGUUCGCUGCAAGAGCUGUGGUUCAACAACUCCAGGCAAAGGAUGGGAUGCACAGUGGUCUCAUGACUUCUCACUGUGUCAUGAUUGUGCCAAACUCUUUGCUAAAGGAAACUUCUGCCCACUCUGUGACAAGUGCUAUGAUGACGAUGACUAUGAGAGUAAGAUGAUGCAGUGUGGGAAGUGUGAUCGCUGGGUCCACUCCAAAUGUGAAAAUCUUUCAGACCUCCCCCACUGCAACUUGAGACCAUUGCUUCUUGUUCUGUCAUCUGCUACCACUGAGAACAGCCUAGCUCCAUUGAUUGUUGAUGGGAAAGACUGGGGUAUGUCUAGACAAAAUGAGAUGUAUGAAAUCCUCUCUAACCUUCCUGAGAGUGUGGCAUACACCUGCAUUAACUGCACAGAGCAGCACCCUGCUGAAUGGCGGCUGGCACUGGAAAAGGAGCUGCAAGUUUCUUUGAAGCAGGUUUUAACAGCCUUGUUAAAUUCCAGGACUACCAGUCACUUACUUCGUUACAGACAGGCAGCCAAGCCACCUGAUUUAAAUCCUGAGACAGAAGAGAGUAUCCCAUCCAGAAGUUCUCCUGAAGGUCCAGAUCCUCCUGUUCUAACAGAGGUCAGCAAGCAGGAGGAGCAGCAGCCUCUGGACCUGGAAGGAGUGAAAAGAAAAAUGGAUCAAGGAGGUUACACUUCCGUGUUGGAAUUUAGUGACGAUAUUGUGAAGAUUAUUCAAGCAGCCAUUAAUUCAGAUGGAGGGCAGCCAGAAGUUAAAAAAGCUAAUAGCAUGGUCAAGUCCUUCUUUAUUCGGCAAAUGGAGCGUGUUUUUCCAUGGUUCAGUGUAAAAAAAUCCAGGUUUUGGGAGCCAAAUAAAGUAACAAGCAACAGUGGAAUGUUGCCGAAUGCAGUGCUGCCCCCUUCACUUGACCAUAAUUAUGCUCAGUGGCAGGAGCGUGAAGAGAAUAACCACACUGAACAGCCCCCUUUGAUGAAGAAAAUCAUUCCAGCUCCAAAACCCAAAGGGCCUGGAGAACCAGAUUCACCAACACCGCUGCAUCCGCCGACACCACCUAUCUCUAGCUCUGAUAGAAGCCGGGAGGAUAGCCCUGAACUUAAUCCACCUCCUGAUGUAGAAGACAACAGGCAGUGUGCACUCUGUCUGAAAUAUGGCGAUGAUAGUGCUAACGAUGCUGGACGUCUCCUGUACAUUGGCCAGAACGAAUGGACACAUGUAAACUGUGCUUUAUGGUCAGCAGAAGUGUUUGAGGAUGAUGAUGGGUCUCUGAAAAAUGUACACAUGGCUGUGAUCAGAGGGAAGCAGUUGAGAUGCGAGUUCUGCCAAAAGUCGGGCGCCACAGUAGGCUGCUGCCUCACUUCCUGCACGAGCAACUAUCACUUCAUGUGCUCCCGAGCCAAGAACUGUGUCUUUCUGGACGAUAAGAAAGUGUACUGCCAGCGGCAUCGCGACUUGAUCAGAGGAGAGGUGGUACCGGAGAAUGGGUUUGAAGUUCUUAGAAGAGUUUUUGUGGACUUUGAAGGGAUCAGUUUGAGAAGAAAAUUUCUUAGUGGCCUGGAGCCAGAAAACAUCCACAUGAUGAUUGGUUCAAUGACUAUAGACUGCUUGGGAAUUCUGAAUGAUCUGUCAGACUGUGAAGACAAGCUGUUCCCCAUUGGUUAUCAGUGUUCCAGGGUGUACUGGAGCACAACAGAUGCUCGGAAGCGCUGUGUGUAUACUUGUAAGAUCAUGGAAUGUCGACCUCCUGUCAUAGAGCCAGAUAUCAAUAGCACUGUAGAGCAUGAUGAGAACAGGACGAUUGCUCAUAGUCCAGCACCCCCAACAGCAGAAACUCUAUCCAAAGAGAGUCGAAAUACACCAGAAAUGGUGAACCCUCCAUCUCCAGAUCGUCCCCUGCAUUCUCAGACCUCCAGUUCCUGUUACUAUCCUCUGAUCUCAAAAGGUCCCAGGGUCAGGACACCAAUCUAUCCCCUAACACAGCGGUCUCCCGGGUCUAGGCCUUUGCCCUCUGCAGGAAGUCCUACGCCAAUGACCCAUGAAAUAGUAACAGUGGGAGACCCUUUAUUAUCAUCUGGACUUAGAAGCAUUGGCUCUAGGAGACAGAGUACCUCCUCUUUGUCACAACAGCAGUCAAAACUCCGAAUGGUUUUUCCCACCAGAGUUGGGAACACUUACUCCAGACACACUGUGCCUGGAGUAUCUAGUAUCGGAUCCUCAUCAGAACAUGAAUCAAGCGCAAAAAAUAUAGACAGCUUCAAAGGGUCAGUGAAUUUAAGCACUUCAAGUGCGUUAGCUCAAAAUAGCCCUAACUCUUCAAGCUCUCCAAGAAUGGUAGCUACAAGUGGAAGUAAAACUUGUCAUUUGGGUGGAUCUCAGUCUUUAGAAAUAAAACACUCUACCAGUUCAGAGUUGAUUUCCAAAAGCACAUCUUCAAAGGGAGAGAAGACAAAAUUGUCGAGUUCAAAGGACUCAGAUUCUUCAGCUCAUAGCUUUGCUUCACCUGGGAAUACUAAAACGUCCACCCAAGUGCUUAGUACAUCAGGCAUAGAAUUAAACAUUAAUAAAAAGGGAACUUUUCAAGAACCUUCUUCUGCAACACUUUCUUCCAAAGAUACAAUGCCCUUUCCAUCUUUUCAUCAGAGAGGCCCAAGGAAAGAUAGAGACCUACAUAUGGACCUCAUACAACCAGAAAAAAUCUCUUCUGUUGAAGACAUAGAUGGAAAGAACUUAAAGCCUGCUGGAAUAAGUAGCAGGUCUUCUGCAUCAAGUGAGCAUGUGGUUUCCGCUUGCAGAGACAGACGACAGAAAGGAAAAAAGUUAACAAAAGACACUUUCAAAGAGAAACAUUCUGUAAAAACUUUUACAGACUCAAGUCAAGUGACAGCCAGUGAUGAAGGAAGCACAAAACCAGAAUUUAUCAAUCAGGUUUUGGCAACUGAACAGAUUAGUCAGAGGUUGUGUAGUAAUGUUUCUGCUGAGAAAACUGGGGAUAAGUCUCCACCUGCACAAGGGGCAUCUAAAGCUCCAUUGGUGCAAGUUGAAGUGGCCUCCAAGGAAGUGCAGGCUCCUAGAAAACGCACAGUUAAAGUAACCCUGACUCCUCUCAAGAUGGAAAGUGAAAGCCAAUCUAAAAAUGCACAGAAAGAAAGUGAUGCCGAAUCGCAGAGUAAGGGUGCAGAACCAACUGCUUUGACAGAGCUGUCUUCAACUUCUGGAAGCCAAGGAGAUGUUCAGGGAAGUCCAAGUGAUACUCCUACCCAGGAAUCUCAAAAUAAUUCUUAUCCGAAUCUGCCCGUUGAAGACAGAAACUUGAUGCUUCAGGAUGGAACUAAAGCUCAGGAAGAUGGUUCCUACAAGCGGAGAUAUCCCCGGCGAAGUGCUCGGGCAAGAUCUAACAUGUUCUUUGGAUUAACUCCUUUGUAUGGUGUGAGAUCUUAUGGAGAGGAAGACAUUCCAUUCUACAGCAACUCAACUGGGAAGAAGCGAGGAAAGAGGUCUGCAGAAGGACAAGUAGAUGGUGCAGAUGACUUAAGUACUUCUGAUGAAGAUGAUUUGUACUACUACAAUUUCACUAGGACAGUGGUUUCCUCAAGUGCAGAAGAGAGGCUUGGAUCCCAUAAUUUAUUCAAGGAGGAGGAGCAGUGCAAUCUUCCAAAAAUCUCCCAGCUAGAUGGUGUGGAUGAUGGAACAGAAAGUGAUACAAGUGUUACAGCAACAACAAGAAAAGUAAAUCAGGUAACCAAAAGAAGUGGCAAAGAAAAUGGGACUGAAAACUUAAAACUUGAUCGAGCUGAAGAAGCUGGAGAGAAAGUACAGGUCACCAAGAGCUCUACUGGCCAUAAAGCUGACCCAAAGAUUGAUAAUUGCCAUGCGGUAAGCAGGGUUAAAACACAGGGUCAGGAUUCCUUGGAAGCUCAGCUAAGUUCCUUGGACACAGGCCGUAGAGGUCAUGCUAGCACACCCUCAGAUAAGAACUUAUUGGAUACUUUUAACACAGAACUGCUAAAAUCAGACUCUGACAAUAACAAUAGCGAUGACUGUGGAAACAUUCUCCCUUCGGACAUCAUGGACUUUGUACUAAAGAAUACACCAUCGAUGCAGGCUUUAGGAGAAAGCCCGGAGUCAUCUUCAUCUGAACUUCUAACACUGGGGGAAGGGCUAGGUCUUGAUAGUAAUCGUGGCAAGGACAUGGGUUUGUUUGAAGUGUUUUCUCAACAGCUGCCAACUGCUGAACCAGUGGAUAGUAGUGUUUCUUCCUCUAUAUCAGCAGAGGAGCAGUUUGAGCUGCCUUUAGAACUUCCAUCAGAUCUCUCCGUUCUAACUACUCGUAGUCCUACUGUGCCCAGCCAAAACCGCAACAGGCUUGCUGUAAUUUCAGAGUCUGCACUCUCAUCUUCGGGAGAGAGGUCUAUACUGGCUUUACCUUCCACAGAAUCUGGAGAGAAGAGAGUUACAGUUACAGAAAAAUCUGCCUCUGGUGAAGGGGAUGCAACUCUUCUAAGCCCAGGGGUAGACCCAAGCCCUGAAGGACAUAUGACUCCUGAUCAUUUCAUCCAAGGUCACAUAGAUGCAGAGCACAUAGCCAGCCCACCUUGCGCCCCAGUAGAGCAAGGACAUGGCAGCAACCAGGAUUUAACUAGGAACAGCGGUACUCCUGGACUCCAAGUGCCAGUAUCUCCUACUGUUCCUCUUCAAAACCAAAAAUACGUUCCAAACUCCACUGACAGUCCUGGUCCAUCUCAGAUUUCUAAUGCUGCAGUACAGACAACCCCACCCCACCUAAAACCAGCCACUGAAAAACUUCUGGUAGUCAAUCAAAAUAUGCAGCCUCUGUAUGUCCUCCAGACUCUUCCCAAUGGUGUUACACAAAAAAUACAGCUGACUCCUUCUGGUAGUUCCACACAGAGCGUAAUGGAGACCAAUACUUCAGUGCUAGGGCCCAUGGGAAGUGCACUUACAUUGACUACGGAAUUAAAUCCAAGCCUGCCAUCAUCUCAGUCUUUAUUCCCCCCUACUAGCAAAGGACUGCUGCCUAUGUCCCAUCACCAGCAUUUGCAUACCUUUCCCACAGCUACUCAGAGUGGUUUCCCACCAAAUAUUGGCAGUCCUGCAUCAGGUCUCCUUAUUGGUGUACAGCCACCUCCUGAUCCUCAGCUUUUAGUGUCUGAAGCAAGCCAGAGGACAGACCUUGGCACUACAGUUACCACCCCGACCUCUGGCCUUGGGAAGAAAAGGCCAAUAUCCCGACUGCAGUCCCGAAAGAAUAAAAAGCUAGCUCCAUCUGGAACCCCUUCUGCCAUAGCGCCUUCUGAGAUGGUUUCCAACAUGACUUUGAUUAAUUUUGCUCCCUCCCAACUUUCCAACAGCCCAUUAGAUUUGGGGACCCUUGGAAAUUCAACACCCCAUAGAACUGUUCCCAAUAUUAUUAAAAGGUCUAAGUCUGGAGUCAUGUAUUUUGAGCAAGCGUCUUUGCUGCCCCAAGGUGUGGGAGCAGCCCCUGCUGCGGCAGUUGGCACUUCAUCCAGCAUUAUUGGACCAGAUGCCGGCCACCUCACGACAGGGCCAGUGCCGGGACUAGCAUCAAAUUCAUCAGUGCUGAAUGUUGUGUCCAUGCAGGCCACAGCAGCACCUAGCACUGGUGGGUCAGUACCUGGCCAUGUUUUGGGACAGGGUUCUGUAACAUUAACUAGCCCUGGAUUGUUGGGAGACCUUGGCUCAAUAAGCAAUCUUUUGAUCAAAGCCAGUCAGCAAAGUCUUGGUCUUCAGGAACAGCACAUGACUUUGCCACCAGGUUCUGGGAUGUUUUCACAACUGGGGACGUCGCAAACUCCAGCUACAGCAGCAAUGACAGCUGCAUCAAGCAUAUGUGUAUUGCCUUCAGCACAGACUAUGGGCAUGACAGUUGCUCAAUCAUCCACUGACCCAGAAGGUCCUUAUCAGCUUCAGCAUAUGACACAACUUUUAGCCAUCAAAAAUGCUUCUUCUCAGCUGGAUCUUGCCACUGCUUCAGCACCUCAGUUGUCAAGCUUUCCACAGUUAGUGGACAUUCCUAACAACACAGGACUCGAGCAAAGCAAGGUUUCCUCAACUGUAAUGCAUGCCAGUUCAGCUUCGCCUGGAGGCUCCCCGUCAUCUGGCCAACAGUCUGCAAGUAGCUCAGUGCUUGGUCCCACAAAAAUGAAGCCAAAAAUUAAACGAAUUCAACCGCCUUUAGACAAAGGGAAUGGAAAGAAGCAUAAAACUCCUCACAUGUGGACCAGUCCCCCUGAAGUACACAUUCCAGACAGAGGGGCCAAUGCUGUAUCCCAGGUCUCAACUGCAGGGACUCCUGCAGUGAAGGCAGACAUUCAAGAUACAAGUAUAGAUCAGCUACCACAAAAGCCAUCUGGGCAGCCUGCAGGGCAAAUGGCAAUUCUUACAGAGCCACAGUCAGUGCAGAACACAGCAAAUGAGCAAGAAAAUACAGGAUCCAAAGCUUCUGAGGAGGAGGAAGGCACUUUCAGCUCCCCGCUUAUGUUUUGGCUGCAGCAAGAACAAAAGAGGAAAGAAAGUCUUGGUGAGAAGAAGCCAAAGAAAGGACUAGUUUUCGAGAUCUCAAGUGAUGACGGUUUUCAGAUCUGUGCAGAAAGUAUUGAAGAUGCCUGGAAAUCACUGACUGAUAAAGUUCAAGAAGCUCGUUCCAAUGCCCGUCUGAAGCAGCUAUCGUUUGCAGGUGUGAAUGGUUUGAGGAUGCUGGGGAUUAUCCAUGAUGCUGUUGUGUUCCUGAUUGAGCAGCUUUAUGGAGCAAAGCAUUGCCACAAUUACAAAUUUAGAUUCCACAAACCAGAGGAGACCAAUGAACCCCCAUUGAAUCCACAUGGCUCUGCUAGGGCUGAAGUCCACCUCAGGAAGUCAGCAUUUGAUAUGUUCAAUUUCCUGGCUUCUAAACACCGCCAGCCGCCAGAAUACAACCCCAAUGAUGAGGAAGAGGAGGAAGUGCAGCUGAAGUCUGCUCGGAGGGCAACUAGUAUGGAUCUGCCAAUGCCCAUGCGAUUCCGACACUUGAAGAAGACCUCCAAGGAGGCAGUUGGUGUCUACAGGUCUCCCAUCCAUGGCCGGGGCCUGUUCUGCAAAAGGAACAUUGAUGCAGGUGAGAUGGUGAUUGAAUAUUCAGGCAAUGUCAUUCGCUCCAUCCUCACUGACAAACGAGAGAAGUACUAUGACAGCAAGGGGAUUGGCUGCUACAUGUUCCGCAUUGAUGACUCCGAAGUGGUAGAUGCCACUAUGCACGGGAAUGCAGCCCGCUUCAUCAACCACUCAUGUGAGCCCAACUGUUACUCCCGCGUAAUCAACAUUGAUGGCCAGAAACACAUUGUCAUCUUCGCCAUGCGCAAAAUCUACCGUGGGGAGGAACUCACUUAUGACUACAAAUUCCCCAUUGAAGACGCCAGCAACAAACUGCCUUGUAACUGUGGCGCCAAGAAGUGCAGGAAAUUCUUAAACUAAAACUUUCAUGAGCUGUGAGUGAGCCCUGAAGGGCCUGGGGCGAACCAAAGUUACAGUGCAUUUCUUUCCUGCCAUUUGGGAGGGAGAGGGGAAGACAGAGACAGAAAUGAAGAUUGACUGGGGCUCAGGGACGUAAGUGAUGGCUGCGCUUCUCCGUCAGAGUCCACAUCUUCAUGUCUCACGUGCGCACAGUUAUCGUUGUGAAAGACACAGACGAUCAGAGAAGAUCCUCAGUAUGAUUGUUAUGCUUUUUCCACUGCCCUUUUUUUCCCCCCUCCAGUAUUUGUCUGUGGGAUAGUGAGUGGGAGAGGGGGAGGGUGGAUGGAUGAGGCAGAACAGACCAAAACUCAUAUAUGGGUAGAGGCCUCAGAUUUUUGUCCUCCUUUGUAGUUUCUGGUUUGUCGGGACUCCAUGACCAGCUUUGCCAGGAACGGCAAUGUGGGGUUUUCGGUUUCCUUCGCUUGCUGUGUCAUAAUUAAAAGAAGCACAGUAUGUGACUGAGCUUUUCCACUGGAGAGAGACUGUAUCCCAUCAGCCAGCUCCGUGAAGGACAUUGAGUGUCUGUGGUUCCUUCCACCAUGCAUUUCCAAAACACUAUUUGUGAGCAGGCUGGGUUUUAUCAGACUUCUUAGAGCAGCCAUAGGUGGCCCAGUGCAUUUUUCUUGGUUGGUCUGUCUUUUAUUGGGGCCUGGAAAGAGUAAAUAAGGCUAGGGUAACCUACAGCAGCCUGUAAGUGAACUGAAAAGGGUUUCAGUAGGAUUUUCCUCUGAAAUUUGUUUUUGUGUAAGAGAAUUUCUAGCUGUCUCUAGUAAAGGAAGGGGCUGUAUUGGGUUUGCCAACUGAGUACAGUGAUUCACUCUUCAGGAUUUACAGCCCAAAGUGGAAAUCCUUGUCAGCAAAGGCCUUGUUUCGGUAAUGAAGUCCUCUAUAGCGUAGGAACAACUCUUCUCCUAUAUUUCUGCCAUCAGAAAUGGGCACUCUUCUUUGGUCUAGGGAGCUGAAGGGUUUUCCAGCCACACAGAGAUCUGCCUCCCUGCCUCUGAGCCUGUCCAAGCAAUGGAAAUCCAUGAGCAGAGUAGGAGGACCCGCAACUGUCAGAAAUGGAGACCAGUUCUAUUAGCUAGCCAGUACUCCCAAACAGAAACUAGCAAGGGUGAUUUGCAGAGGUUUCAGCAGGAGAGGCUCUGCUCAGAUGGUUUAAAUAAUGUAGUAGGAUAAAUGAAUCAAGCAAACGAGUGAUUUCUCUAAGCACAUCUCUCUCUCUAGAUCCAUUUCUAGGUUAUGGUUACUUCAAUCUUCCUUUGUAAGACAUAGGAAUAGACACCAAAAGGGGAUAUAAAAGCUCAGUAGAAAUGCAAGGCCAAACACUAACAGUCUGAGCAUACUCCUUGUAGCAUUUAAAAAUGUGUUUAGGAAACCAGUUUGCAACUGCCACAAUUAAACCCACCUGAGUGAAAUAGUAAAUUCAUUUAAAAAGCAAAACAGAAUGACACUAGUCCUGGUUCACAUGGGAUAACUCCCCCCCCCCCCCCCCUUUGGAUCCAAAAGAAAAAAAAGCCCCAAGCCUGUUAAAUUAAGUGAUUGGAUUUUACUCUGUUCUGUUUACAGUGUAGUAUUUAAGGUUUUAUAAAUGUAAAUAUAUUUUGUAUAUUUUUCUAUGAGAAGCACUUCAUAGGGAAAAGCACUUAUGACAAGGCUAUUUUUAAACAGUGGUAUUAUCCUAAUUUAAGAUAAUCUGUUUUUAAUAAUUUUUUAUUUUCAUAGGAUGGUUAUUGGAAAUAUCUGGCUGGACAUAGUCUGAUCCUUCCUCCAGAGAGAGGGAUACUUUUUAUUUUUAUUUUACUUUUAAUCUUGUUCUGCCUUGUUGACUUAAGUAGCUGUUUCCUGGAAGCUUUGGCUGGACCUUAAUUAUAUUAAUUUGUCAAGGGGGAGGGCAUGGGGAACAAUCACCCAACUCAGGAGGAGUUUGACUCAGUGGAACUUUAUUUGAACGUCCGUGUUAACAUUUUUUGAUACAGUUUUCCUACCGCUGGGCAGAAAGAGGCAUGAUUCUGCCUUGACACGUGCCACUGUUCUGUUUAGAGAAAGGUAAAGGAGAGGGGGUAAGAAUUGCUAUCUUCACUUUUCCAUUAGUUUGUUCAGAGCUCAGAAUUAGGAAUAUGGCAGGAAAUAUGAAUUUUUCCACCCUGCUCUUUCCACUUCAAUCUUGCAGAGCAGACGUGUCCUCCUCAGUAACUCACUGAUUCUGCCAGGAUACUUACUGAGAGUGAGUGGUCCCUGCAUCUCUGGAGAGAUCACUUUAACUUAAGCCCAGGACUGUGAUUGGUAGCAGGGAAAGCCAACUUCCCAUCACUCACUAUUGUGUUUCUAAAGCAGCUUCAGUGGAUAAACAGCCAGAGUGGGUUUUCAUUCUUGGAAAAUUCUCAACUCUUCAACCAGAGAAACUUGGUCCUGUGGAAACUGAGCAAAGCAAUAGAACCCCAGCCCUGCCUUUGUUCACCAUCAUUGUUAGGAACAGGUGUGGGAUUUGUACCCACAAAUGCACUUCACAGCCCCGAGUGCCUCUCACUUGGAAACAUAUGAAUUUUUCCUUUGAACAGUAAAAUUAUAAUGCACACCCACUCCUCUCCUCUGUCCCUGUGGACAGGCCAUCUACAAUUUGCUGAAUUAGCAAAUUGAAAGGCUGCUAUGAAACAGCAUCAGCAGCUGCCUAUGGAAAUUGGACAGCAUUGACUAAUAACUCCGUAGCGCUCACAGCUUAGCACUAUGUAUCUGUGUCAUUCAAACCCCGAGACCUCUUCCUCUGACCUGAGAAUGAAAUGCAGCACGCAGAAGGGUCAGGAAUUGCUGUUUCCUUUUUUAUUGCACUGUGUGAUUAUUAUUUUGUAAAACUUUUUUUUAAAGGAAAAAUCAAAGUCAAAGCUGCCUGUGUUACUGAAAUGAUUUGAUGCACUGACAGUUUGGGAAUGCACACACACUGAGAGGCCAGAAACCAUGUCUGGGGAAAUCUCAGCUCAGCAUCCCUAGACACAGCUCUUCGCGGCAGUGCUGGGGAACAGUUCCAGUGCUGGACACACCAGUGAAUUUUACCUUCAGAAUGGUCUAGUUCAAUCAUUUCCCCCCCCUUCUCCCUCCUGCUGAUAUCCCUUUAUCUGGCAGAGAAUCAGCCUCUGCAGCUGACAACAAUCCCAUUCUUUUCUCUUGCCAAAAAUCUGUGUAGCUAUCAGCUAUUUGAUCAGCAAAAUUGAGUCCUCACCAGAAAUCCACACUAAGAGCAAGUUCUGAUCAGGAAACACUGCUCCCACAAAACCCCUUACUUAGGGGAAAAAACACAAGAAGAGGGGGGAAAAAAUAAGUGAAGGAGAAAACAGAAGAGAGAUACCACCUGAGUCUCUCUGAGAACCAGGCACUAGAAAUUUCCUCUACCGUGAGGACUGAGAGCGCAAAUGGAUCAGGCUAGAAUUUGGUGGAAGAUCCAGCUCACUGAAUGCUUUGCUGCUAUACCUGUUGUGGCUGCCUUAACUAGCAGCCACUGUGGCCAGUGAAACUGUCUGUAAACCAGAGAAGCUGAAUUGUGCUGACCUACAGGCUGGGCCAGGGGUCCCCUUGGCUCCCCACUUCCAUUGUUCUCACCAGUCUGUCUCCAGCACAGAGGUUUUCAGUCACUUACAGUUUUAAAUAAAUAAAAGGAAGGUGGGGAGAAGCCUUGGCAGCUAGUAUUUAAGUUUUCAAUGAUUCAUGUGUAAGACACAGGCCUAUGUGCCCUUUAACCCUGUUCUGCCCAGGCUAAUAGUGAGCACAAUGCAGCUUCCUCAUAUAUGAAUGUAUAUUUUAUAAGGACUGACAUAGAUCAUGAUAUCUGAAAAUACUAAAAGUCAAACCUUAAGGCAUUUAUUUUUAUUUGUACAAACCAAUUUUUUUAAAGGAAAAGCGGGUCAUUGCAAAGGGCUGGGUAUAAUCUUUUUAUUUCAUUUUCUUUCAUUUCCAAGCAAUACCAGGUUCUUCAGCAAGAUGGUCUUUGUGCAGAAUCAUGCCAUUCAAACCCAUACUACUGGUCCAUACUCAACACACUUGCGAGUUUUUUUUAUAACUAUAAAUAUGAUAUAUAUAUAGGAACUAAUAUAGUGAUGCACCAUGUAAUGAAGCCUAGUUCAGUAUCGGUCCAUGGCUUUUAAUUCUCUUAACACUAUAGAUAAGGAUUGUGUUACAGUUGCUAACAAAGGCAGGAAAAAUAAUCAAGCUGUGUACUUCUGGGUUAACAAAUGUAAACUGAAGGGGGCUUGCUUGGCACUAGUGCAGAACACCUCAGCCUGAAGAGUGUAGCUUCCUGCAGAAAUGAAAUACUUAGCCCGUCGUUUCCCUGCUUGAGGAUUUUUCUGACCUUCAAUGUUACCAGUCAGUACUUGUACAACUUGUUUCUUUGUUUUGUUUUUGGAUUUUUUUUUUUUUUGGUUAUGAAUGUUGGGGUACCACCUGCAUAUAGGGAAAAAUGUGUUCUGUGCUUUCCUGGUAUCUUUUUAACAAGGUACUGUAGCUUUGUCUAUCAACCAAGAACUAUACUUGUGGUGUUUCUUUUAUUAAACUUAACAGUCUCUUUAGUAAAUACAGGUAGGUGAAUAAUUGUUCAAAAAAAAAAAAAGCUCUACAAUGGCAAGGUCAUGUUCUAGAAAUAAUACAUUUCUCGACAACUUAUCAUGUGUAACGGAUCUUUUUAUUUCUUUUUUUCUUGUGUUCUUCCAAGCUUCUGGUUUAAAAAAAAGAAAAGAAAAAAAAAAAGAAAAAAGGAAAUGUCUAAAGUACAUCAGUGUUAACUCCCUGUCACAGGGAUGAAGGAAAUACUUUAAUAGUUAAAAAACAAUGCUGAAAGCUCUGCGAAAGACUGAAUGUAAAAAUAAAAGUGUAUAUAGUUGUAAAAAACAAAAAGGAGUUUUUAAACAUGUUUAUUUUCUAUGCACUUUUUUUUAUUUAAGUGAUAGUUUAAUUAAUAAACAUGUCAAGUUUAUUGCUGCA